CUUCGACCAUCCGAGUCCGAGCUUGAGGCAGCAGCAAGCGUAUGCGCCUCGUCGCGCUGGCUUACUUUCGUCUGCCACAAACCACUGUCCUCGGAUCUUCUGACAUUUCAUAUACCAAACUGCGCUUUCCAGACCACUUAAGCACUUGAGUCCGACCCGAGACGCCCAUCCUCUAUCUCAUCAUUCCAUACACCGCAACCAUGUCUGAACUCAACACCGACCAGACCGCAGCGUCUUCAGGGGUCGCAUCCUCCCCCACAGCAUCUGCAUCACUCCCAUCGUCGACAACAGCGGCCUCUUCCUCCAACAAGCCCCAUCCCCACGAGAUGAUCCAUAUCUGCAUUCCUAUGCCAGAACACGCCUCCAUCCCCAGAUCGAUUCACUCACGAGACACACCAGCACAGGAACACAACCCAUACGACAGUAUCACAAACACCACACUCACCGAGCUCACCGAGAUGCAAAAGCGGUGUCUGAAAGACAACCAUACCAUCAUGACGAAUCAGGUCUGGCUUCUUAUCGGCCAGAUUGGCAUUAUGAUUUUGGUUAUAGUUGCGGUUGUUGUUAUUACUCAGGAUGUGGAGAAGAAUUAGGGUACGAUUCAAUUUCUACCGGCACCUGGCGAGGGUGCUAAGGAGCGAUGGAUGUAGGGGAAAGAGCAUGGUGGUUGCUCUGCUUUUGCAUAGUAUUUUCUUUUGAGUUGGAGCAUGGGUCAUUUAUCUACUUUUGCACGGUAGCUCUGUUGCAAGUCGUUUUGAUUGCGG